AGGUGCCGGAAGUGACGUAAUGUCUUUACCUGACCUUUUUUUCCCGGGGCUCGUGCAUGGCGAGGCUUCUUGCUUGUUAUUUGCGGAGUGUAGCGGCAACAAGUGACUCAUUUAAGCGGUCUGUUGGCAGAUCAUCUGUGGUUGAGCAUUUCUGGUUCAACUUUGCAAGAAGAAAAUUUUUAACUCACUAUAGUACAUAUUCACAGAAAGAUUCUCCCAACAUGAGUAAGAAGCUGCUGUUAGAUGUUGACUGUGGAGUGGACGAUGCUCAGGCCAUUAUGCUGGCCCUGGCGGCUCCUAAUGUGGAAGUACUGGGCAUCACAUGUGUGCACGGGAACACUUUAGUUGAGAAUGUUUGUAAGAACACCCUGCGUGUUCUACAAGUCUGCCAAAAACUCGAGAUCCCAGUGUUCAAAGGUGCGUCCAAGCCAAUUCUCGGACAUGUAAUUAAAGGAGCAAAUUUUCACGGACUGGACGGCCUUGGAGAUGCCCCAGACCCCAACGCGCCCAGUGCAGACCUGAUUCAGAAGGAAGGCGCUGUGUCUGCAAUGAUCAGAAUUAUAAAUGAACAUCCAGGACAGGUGUCUCUUGUUGCCACAGCUCCUCUCACAAACUUGGCUCUUGCAGUCAGGAUGGACCCUUCCUUACCAAGCAAACUAAGAGGUCUAUACAUCAUGGGAGGAAAUACUGAGUCACGAGGGAACACUACUGUAUGUGGUGAAUUUAAUUUUGCUGCGGAUCCUGAAGCUGCUUAUAUUGUUCUGAAUGACUAUCAGUGCCCUAUCUACCUUGCAUGUUGGGAGUUCACCUGCUACAACAAGUUGUCUUGGGAGUUUUGUGACCAGUGGUUGGCUCAGGACUCUGACAAAGCCAGAUUCAUGAACCGCAUCUUCAAACACAGCCUGGACAUAUCCAAGUCUGAACGCUUUGAGAAAGAGUUUAUUGAUGGCACAGGGCUCAUCUCUUGUGACUCAUAUGCCAUGGCAGCUGCUGUUGACGAUGCUUUUAUUUUGGAAACAGACCAGUUUCCUGUCAGUGUGGAGCUCACUGGGACUCACACCAGAGGCAUGAUGGUUGUGGACACUGUGGGGCUCCUGAACAAGACCCAAAAAGCAUUUAUUAUGAAGAAAGUUAAUUUAGAAAUGUUUGAGCAGAUGAUGAUGGCAGCUCUCAAGUAAGCUUUUAGUGUAAUUUAGGAACACUUAAAAGUUACUCAGAAUGUAAAAUGUUAAACUUUUUAAUCACAUAAUAACAUAAUAAUACAUUUUUGUAUGAGAAUCACAAACUUAUCACUAGGUGCUAAGGAAAAACAGUCCAUUUGCCGAUUUUCCAAGCCUUAAUAUCCUUUUCUUCCUCUAAAUCUUGAUCUAGUGUCCAGCUGUCAAUGGAAGAUACACAAAGAAUUUGUUAAUAUGGUGCAUGUAUGAUAAGGUGGCUAAACCAAAACUUUAUUUGAUUAUAUUGCCAUCUUUCUGGUAAUAGGAUAUGUGUAGGAUAGGCUAAUGCUCACCAGUGAUCUUUUGCACUCAAAAAAUGAAGUCUGGAGUGCUUUGCAAUGGCCCUCCUUCAAACACUCACUUGGUGAUUUCCCUUCCUUCAAAAUAAAAGAAAUUAUAACAUA